GCUCUAAUUGAAACAUUCACGAUUGUAAUCGUAUUGUAAUGUAUGAAGAUGUUUGGUGGUACAAAUAUACCACUACUUUGUCUUUAAGGACUAUGGGUUUUCGGACCCUAAAAAAAGUGUCCCCUUCAUUAUUAAAAUGGUUUUAUUAAACAACUCAAGAAAUUUCAUGAUCAACAAUGAAGAAUCGCAAAAUGUGGAAGAAUUGGUGCAAGUUCAGGAGCAGACAAAUAGAGAGGACUUAUCUAACACUUCCUUUUCAUCUAUUAGCGAGUUGGCUCCUCCUCGGAAAAACAAAAAAAAAAGUGCAGUGGGUAAACAAAACGAGCUAAUUGAAAAGGCAUGUUCCCUAUUGUCUGCACCCCAAAGUUCUACAAACAUAAACGCAACGGCAUUAUACUGGAGUGAAAAAUUAGAGCAUCUUAAUCGAACGCAGCGUAUGCUAGCUGAAAAAGGAAUUAAUGAUAUUUUAUUUGAAGCAGAACUGGGUAACUUGAGACGUGACUCUGUAAAUAUAAUUGUAUAUCCAGACGCUUCCAACACGGAUGUUUCAUCAGCUCCGACACAAGAACCCACAAUGUAUAAUCAAUUACCAGCAUUACCACGUUUCUCUGAAUCAUCACCGCAACCGGAUAUUAAAGCUAUUCGAGUCCGAAGACCGGCACCUAUUUAUGUACCACCGCCAACACCUUCACCAGACUCCAAUUUUGGAAUGUCUCUGCAGAGUGAAUAUAUAACACCUAACUACCCACAUACUCCGUCUCCUAUUCUAUCUUCGCAAUUGCCUCCAAGUGGCCAAGCAAUGCUAAUAUACAAUACUGAAGUAGGUGCCACUGAAGAAAUACAAAGCACAGAGGAAUACUCACUAAGAUCUUUUUUUUCAUCCUUCCCUGGCAACUAAAAUUAUUACAUAAAUCAUAUGUAUUUAUCUGCACAGUUUUCUGAGUCGCUCAAAAGUUAUUUGCAAAAAACUGUUACAUUUAACACAACUUUGUUAGUACUGAGACUAUGUUCAAACAGGCACCUAAUUGGAAAUUAAGAACCUUUUCACCAAUUUAAGCCUUAGUUGUUACCCAAUUUAUUAUACAAAAAUUCAAAUUAUUAACUGCCAAUUAAUUAUUAAUUGGCACUUAAUUUG